AAACUUGUGUUGCAACCUCUGUUGCUAAAAUUUUGAACUACUUGUUUUUUUCCUCUCCAGGAUACCUUUAAAGUACAUUAUGAGAACAAUAGCCCUUUCCUGACCAUCACCAGCAUGACCCGAGUCAUUGAGGUCUCUCACUGGGGUAAUAUUGCUGUGGAAGAAAAUGUGGACUUGAAGCACACAGGGGCUGUGCUUAAGGGUCCUUUCUCGCGCUAUGAUUACCAGAGACAGCCAGACAGUGGAAUAUCCUCCAUUCGUUCUUUUAAGACCAUCCUUCCUGCUGCUGCCCAGGAUGUAUACUAUCGGGAUGAGAUUGGCAAUGUUUCUACCAGCCACCUUCUUAUUUUGGAUGACUCUGUGGAGAUGGAGAUCCGGCCUCGCUUUCCUCUCUUUGGUGGGUGGAAGACCCAUUACAUCGUUGGGUACAACCUUCCAAGCUAUGAGUACCUCUAUAAUUUGGGUGACCAGUAUGCACUGAAGAUGAGGUUUGUGGACCAUGUGUUUGAUGAGCAAGUGAUAGAUUCUUUAACUGUGAAGAUUAUCUUGCCUGAAGGGGCCAAGAACAUACAAAUUGAUAGUCCCUAUGAAAUCAGCCGUGCCCUAGAUGAGCUGCACUACACCUACCUGGACACAUUCGGCCGUCCUGUUAUUGUCGCUUACAAGAAGAAUCUGGUAGAGCAGCAUAUUCAGGACAUUGUAGUCCACUACACAUUCAACAAGGUGCUCAUGCUGCAGGAGCCCCUGCUGGUGGUGGCUGCCUUCUACGUUUUGUUCUUCACCGUCAUCAUCUAUGUCCGGCUGGACUUUUCCAUCACCAAGGAUCCAGCUGCAGAAGCCAGGAUGAAGGUAGCCUGCAUUACAGAGCAGGUCUUGACCCUGGUCAACAAGAGAAUAGGUCUCUACCGUCACUUUGAUGAAACUGUCAAUAGGUACAAGCAGUCUCGGGAUGUCUCCGCUCUCAACAGUGGCAAGAAGAGCCUGGAGACUGAACAUAAAGCCUUGACCAGCGAGAUUGCACUGCUGCAGUCCAGGCUGAAGACAGAGGGCUCUGACCUGUGCGACAGAGUGAGCGAAAUGCAGAAGCUGGAUGCCCAGGUCAAGGAGCUGGUGCUGAAGUCGGCGGUGGAGGCUGAGCGACUGGUGGCUGGCAAGCUCAAGAAAGACACGUACGUCGAGAAUGAGAAGCUCAUCUCGGGGAAGCGCCAGGAGCUAGUCACGAAGAUCGACCAUAUCCUGGAUGCUCUGUAGUCCCUAUCUGCUGUCCUCAGCGUGGGCCAGGGUGUCUGUACUUUCAGGGGUCAGGCAGAGCUGUGGGUGAGGGAAGUUGAGCUUUGAGGCCAGCGAAGACUGGCAUCUAUAAUUUGUGAAAGACCUUCAAGGAAGAGAAGCUAGACCCUGGAUCAGGCAGUGUGAGAAGCUUGUCCCUUGUCCUUAAAUCUUUCCUUUUUUUAAAACUUAACAAAAAAAUCCGAUUAAAAACAAAACAUCUUUGUUUUGAACAAAGGAAUUUUCAAUAGUUGAUUGGAAGUGUUCUAUUUUGAAGCUUAGGAUAUUUUUUCAGCCUGUAAGCCCCCGUUUUAUGCCCUUUUAUAUUAAUUCCUCAUGUUUGGGUAUUUUGUGAAUGUAUGUGUUUUUUUUUUUAAGUGUGUGUGAACAAAUGGAAAUAAAGCAGGGACUGUGAAUUUC